AUGGGCGCUUCGCCUAUCCCCGUUAUGGACAGCGGCUUUGUUGAUACUGUAGCUAGAUGGAGGGAGUUAGCUAAGUCGGUUGUGAUGAAGGUGCGCUCACUGCCGUUGUCAAAUAGGACCGAUACUGUUUGGCUGUACUUGGUUCUCCGAUUGACGACUUCGAUCGCUGUGCACAUUAACAAGACUGUGUUCUCCGAUUGGUUAGAGUCGUUUUGCAUAGCAGUGAUUGCUUGGAUUGUUACGUUGUCACUUCUGCUUGAUUGGGGUGCGCUGAUAGUUGCUUGGACUGUUGAGUUUCCAGCUGCUUUUCUUCUGUCUCUGCACAUUGCGGAGUUGUGGGAGUCCCUUUUGCAAUGGUAA